AGCGCGCGGCGCCUCAAAAUGUCUUCCAGUGGCACCCUCAGCAACUACUACGUGGACUCGCUUAUAGGCCAUGAGGGCGACGAGGUGUUCGCGGCGCGCUUCGGGCCGCCGGGGCCAGGCGCGCAGGGCCGGCCUGCAGGUGUGGCUGAAAGCCCGGCCGCCGCUGCCGCCGAGUUCGCCUCGUGUAGUUUUGCCCCCAAAUCGGCCGUGUUCUCCGCCUCGUGGUCCGCGGUGCCCGCCCAGCCCCCGGCGGCGGCGGCGAUGAGCGGCCUCUACCACCCGUACGUGCCCCCGCCGCCCCUGGCCGCCUCCGCCUCCGAGCCCGGCCGCUACGUGCGCUCCUGGAUGGAGCCGCUGCCCGGCUUCCCGGGAGGCGCGGGCGGUAGCGGUGGCGGUGGCGGCGGUCCGGGCCCUGGUCCCAGCCCCGGCCCCGGCGGCCCAGCCAACGGGCGCCACUACGGGAUUAAGCCUGAAACCCGAGCGGUCCCGGGCCCCGCCGCCGCCACCGCUGCCUCCACCUCCUCCUCCUCCACUUCCUUGUCCUCCUCCUCCAAACGGACUGAGUGCUCCGCGGCCCGUGAGUCCCAGGGGAGCAGCGGCUCCGAGUUCUCGUGCAACUCGUUCCUGCGGGACAAGGCGGAAGCGGCUGCUGGGGGAACAGGGCCCGGGGCGGGGAUCGGGGCCGGGGCCGGGGCCGGGGCCGGGCCUGGGGCGGGCGGCUCGUCGGAGCCCUCAGCUUGCAGCGACCACACGAGCCCCGGUUGCCCGCUAAAGGAGGAGGAGAAGCAGCAUCCGCAGCCGCCGCAGCAGCAGCAGCAACUUGACCCAAACAACCCUGCAGCGAACUGGAUCCACGCUCGCUCCACCCGAAAAAAGCGCUGUCCCUACACCAAAUACCAGACGCUAGAGCUGGAGAAGGAAUUUCUCUUCAACAUGUACCUCACCCGGGACCGGCGCUACGAGGUGGCCAGGAUUCUGAACCUCACAGAGAGACAGGUCAAAAUCUGGUUCCAGAACCGUAGGAUGAAAAUGAAAAAGAUGAGCAAGGAGAAAUGUCCCAAAGGAGACUGAUCCGGCGCGGUGCCGGCGGGAGCGCCCAAAGGCAGCGGUUUUGUUUUUUCUUUGUGGGUGCUUGAUUUCCAAAAGCUCUCCAGCGACUCGGACUUUUUAUUUUUUUAUUAUUAUUUUUUUAUUUUUAGGUAGAAGUGACUGUGUGGUUGGUCUCUGUGAGGUAUUUGGGGGAACUCUGUAUUUGCUCGCUUAUGUGUUGGAGAAAUCAAGUGGCUUUGGGGUUUCACACCCUAUCCCACUCCCUCUUUCCUGCUCCGUUGGUUCCUUAGGAAAUGCUGUAUUUUGUGAGUGCACGCUGGCUUGAGGAGCCCUCUCGUGUAAAUCUUCCCCAUGUUUCUGAAAAGUGCUGUAGUUUAGUCCCCCAGCGCUGCCCAAACAGGGGCCAGGCGCACACCCCAAUUCCAAGAAUGAAGGCAGAGCGACGACAGUUCGGACACCCUGGAUGCUAGCUCACCCAGAAGCCCGGCCGGGUUGCCCACCGGUUGUGAAAGCCCCCUUUCCUCAGGGAGCCCUGGAGACCUCAGAGUGAGGCCUAGAGAGGAGCCCAGGGCCUUGGGUGGGUCAGGGGUUUGUUCUCAGUGCAUUGGAUGAGUUGCUCUCUCCCCGGGAGGGCUGGGCUCGCGUGGGCGGCCGCGGGUAGUGGACUUCCCCGUUCCUGCCCAAGGACCAGUUGUAAAUGUUACCGCUUCUUACCAAUAAAUGCUGACCUGAUCAAAUGGAGCCCAGACGCUGACCCUGAA